UCCAUCUCCAAAGGUCGCAGGCGAGAUUGACACACUUUUGUCCGGGCUGCCUGGAGAGAAGGCUUCUUUCCACCCUUGGCUCGUGGACGGACAAACUCUUCCUCUUUCUUUCAUAGUCGAGUAUUCUGCAACCAGCGCAUCUUUGACGGCGACCGCAUAUCUACCACCCAAAUAACUCACCACUCCAACUUCGCUUCAAUCCUCUCCAGCACAGCAAGCAGGCUUCAACCAUCGUCGCAGUUCUAUUCCAUGCCUUUUCAUGCCUGGCAGCCUCGAGCCUCCUAGUCUCCUAGUCGUCUGCCUUGUCUCAGAGCCAGGUGCGGCUCGCGAAAUACGGCUGCUCUGACCAGGGAGGAUCCCUUGUUCGUCCUGCCCUAGGUCUUUAUUAGCGACGGCAGCCAAGAUGGUCUCUCUGUGGCCAUGGAAGAAGGACGACUCCUCGACUGCCUCCUUCGAAAAGGUCCUGUCCGUUCUGUCCACGAACAUCACCACAACCCAGGCCCGUCUCGAGAGAUCUCGUGCCUCUAGCCGUCGUGUCCGCCUCCUCUGCACCCUGUACCUGUCCAUCGCCUACCUCAUCUAUGCUAUCGUUGUCCUGGUCGUCAUAGGAGGAAGGAAUAUAGGCGCCUAUGAAUGGUCCGGCUUGGCCGGCGGGCCCGUCUUUAUCUACCUUGUCCGCACUGUCGCCACUGCCGUCUACGACGUCCGAAUCGACAGCCUGAGCUCCAAGUUGAAGGGCCUCCAGGAUGAGAGGGCGAAGACCAUCCAGAAACUCAAGGAUGCCACCAAGUACGACUCUACGUUGGAGCUGCUGGAGAAAUAUGGUGGCAGCGACGGAAAUGCAAAGUCCAAGAGAAAGAGCACCGAGGAUGGCGACGCCGGGAACAAGAAGAGCCCGGCGCGUCCACAGCGUCACAACCCGGCUCCGGCACAACGGACACAUAUGCCUCCACCCGCCACCGCAAACAUUCGCCGCGACCACAUGCCCCCGGUAAAUCCAGCAACGCCUCAGCCAUCAGGCCCAGGACCACAGGGGGCUCUCCAACCACAGCACACUGGACCCUCGGCCGAUUUUGCUCCCAACGCUUUUGAACAACAGAGGCCCAGAUCAGCACAUGUCCAAGGGGGGCAGUAUGAGGCGAAUCCUGCUGGGCUGCAACAUCACUGGUAUGACAGGAUCAUGGAUACGCUGCUCGGAGAAGACGAGACAGCCGCCAAGAACCGCAUCGUCCUGAUUUGUCAGGAGUGCCGGCUCGUCAACGGCCAGGCGCCCCCGGGAACAACCAGCCUGGCCGAGGUGGGAUUGUGGAGGUGCCAGGGGUGCGGAGCCAAGAACGGGGAGGAAAACGAGGGCAAGAGAAUUCUCAAGGAAGUUCUGGGUGGGAGGGACGAGUCUGCAGAGAGGACUGACGACGGGCACGAGAGUGAUUUGGUUGAAGUGAAGGGUGACCAAUCCGAAGAGGAGAGUGUCCCUAUCCAGGAGCAGGAGGAGCCUACUGGUGCGAGGAAACGGAAGGGAAAGGGGAGGAAGUGAUUUCUUGGCUAUUUAUAUUAGGGGAAUGGCAGGUAGAAACAUCAAGGCAACGAUACCCUCAUUUGAGAGGCUUGACCCGCUUCUCCCACACACCCACACAGGCGCCUACGCGAGCUCAUCACUUUAUUUGCCGGAUAGAAACAAAAAGAGCACUGAGUGGGUAAGGUGGUAUGGGCGACACCACUGUUCGUGACAGAAGUCAUAAAAUGUAGAUCCUGAACUCAUCGUAUUCUUCUGGCUAUGAAAGUUUGGUCAUGCAAA